AUGCGUCCUUCUCGAGUUUCUCGAUAUGGGCGUUCCCACUGGCCUCCAGCGCCCUGCGUCGAGGAAGAAAUCCCAGCGCUUCUUCGAGAAAAAGGAGGCAUCUCCAAAAUUGGAGAGAAGCCGGGAGUCGAGGGUGUCAAGCAAAGAGGCGCCGUCGACCAGUAUCCGAUCAUAGAUUUCGCUGAUAUCCCCCUUCCAUUAGCCUCUCCUGGUAGUGUUCCAAGUGUGCCGAGCCUUGUCAAUGUCUCUUCCGACGAGAGUACAGGACUGAAAACGCCACCAGCGCAAGAGCCUGUCAUACGGAACACUGUCAGGUUUGAGUCUGAUGAGCAGCCAAAGCGUGCGCCACCUGCAGUCAGCCAAGCGCGAGCACCACCAGCCCGGCCUCAGGUGAAUCAACGCCCGACUCGUGAGCCAAGGGCCCAGCGAGAUUCCCGUCCGCAUUCUCAUGCAUGGGAAAACGCGCCCAGGCCCGAGCUGCCAGUACAAGCUGCAUUGCAUCAAGCUCAGCAAAAUCCUGUUCGUGAAAUCAGCUCCCAGCGCGAGACUCGCCCUCAUUCCCAUGCACGCGAAGGCAGCUACAGCCGACAUGAUGUGCCAGUGCAGGUUGUUUCUCAUGCUGCACCCGCACCGAUUGCGCCGGAUCGCUCUCGUGCCCCGGCCCCUGUGCACGAGAUAGCUUACAUUCAACCCGCCAGAUCAUCGUUGGCUAGGUCAAACAGUGCUCGGGCCGGACCUCACUCCAGGCCUACGCCAGAGCGCAUUCGGCGCGAGCCAACUUCCGGGUAUCUGUCUGAUUCUGCCACCACGCGCAGAGUCUCACGAACUUCUCAGGCGCCUGUAGCUCCGAUUCCCAUCGUCCCAGCGGAGAAAGUCAUCUCCGGGCCUACUCUAGCAGAACGUAUCGAGGAAAAGCUGCGUCAACGAGAAGAACAGCGGGACCGGGGUGCACUAUCAGACCACGAAGUUGUCACUCCAGCUGUGAUUCUCAGACCUCCCAAUGCAUCGUUGGUGCCUCGAGCCACUGUCUCCGCAUCGCAUUCGCCUGCCAGAUCGCCUCAACGACCGGAGACCCAAGAAAGUCAGCCUGGUACGGCUCUUCCUUCGCGCCCCCGUGCAACUUCGGUGACGACGCAGAAUCCUCGGUCAUCUUCUGAGUCCCGUCAUUCCCCACGUGUGCUGCGUGCUGAACUCGAGGCCACAAAGCCAGUGUCGACUCAAGCUUUGACAGUACAAGCCAACCCCGAGAAGGCACUCACUCAAUUUGGACAAAGAAGCAACCCCAACGGUCUGUGUAUCACGGCAUGUCCUCGAUCCGUCCUUGCAACAGGACAUGACGAUUGGUACACCCUCAAAGGCUUGGACCACCUCGACAUCUGCCCUUCAUGCAUGAGCCAAAUCGCACACUCACGCUACAGCAACUUCUUCAUCCCCAGCCAAGCAAAGAUUCCAUCUCGUCCAACCCGCUGCUCAUUCUCAAGUCCCUGGACCCGACUAGCCUGGCACCAAAUGAUCAAACGAGGCCACGACAGUCUUGAGCUCCUCUAUCAAAUGACUCGCCCACCACCCGGCACAAGACCCUGCCCAAGCCGCACCGCCAUCGAGCAACACUGGCACCGAAUCUACGACCCCAGGAUCAAAGACUACCUCCCCGGAUUCCACGUCUGCAGCAGCUGCGCACGCAACAUCCGCAUCCUAAUGCCAGCGCACCGCGAAACCCUCGAACCAGACACAGACGUCCGCGAACGAAUCUGCGACUUCCAAACCACCAGCCCGCGUUUCAUGAAAUUCAUCGACCUCCUCGACGACGCUGUCGAGCGCGCAGAAGCAAACCCUUCCCGGCCCCGUCCAGACUUGCACGAGUUCCUUUCCUACGCCCGACGCAAGACUGCCCUCCGUGACUGCCGUCUCGACAGACAGAUCGUUACGAAAUGGCACUACCUCCCAACCCUGCCAGAGCUGUGCAUCUGCGAAGACUGUUUCGAUGAGGUUGUGUGGCCGUUCGCAAGACAUCAGCGUCCGAUUGCGCGCUCGAUCCCGCCUACCAGGCGUGCUUUGCCUGGCGAUGGAACUGGCGUGAAGCAGGAGGCUAGCUGUCAGCUUUAUUCUAUGCGUAUGCGGGCCAAGUUUCGUGAGGCGGUUGCUACUAGUGACUUUGAGAUGCUGAAGUCUGCUGUCCUGAGACGGGUUGAGGCUGAGAGGCGGUUCCGGGAUCGGAGACAGGAGCUCUUGGAGGCACAGUCGAAGGGGUAUGACUGCGAUGUUGAAUUGAGGAAAGCUGUUGAUGAGUGGAAAAGGUGGGAGUGA